CUUUUAAUUAUUUAACAUCAUUUAAUUCCCCACUUGAUGAGGUGCACAAAUGAUAACUUUUAAUUAUUUAACAUCAUCUCAUCCCUUUCUUCUUUUUUUUUGGUAGACACCCCUUGUGCGGCUUGGCUCUGGAGUCUAGCACUCUAGCCUCCUCCAUUUUCGACAUUUCAUUGCCGUCCCAAGGAUGUGUUUAUCUGUUUUUGAAAUAUUAGUAACAUAUAUCAGAGGACAAUUACGACGCUAGGCUUCUCUCCAUCCUCUCUGACCUUCUUCCUGUUCCGGACCUUCGUCUUCGCAGAACCGCAGGUCACAAGUUAAAAAGAAAAUGUAUCUCAAGUCAAGUUUGUCAUGGAACGUUGUGAUCCCAGCCGAGCAUCUGGAUGCCAAAGGAUUGAUGCUCCAAAAGGCAAUCAUUGUUCGUCUAUUGGAUGAUUUUGCUUCGAAGAAGGCCACAAAAGCCCUGGGCUACUUCCUGGUAGUGACAACAAUGAACAAGAUUGGAGAAGGCAAGAUCAGAGAGAACAAAGGAGACGUGCUGUUCCCUGUUGAGUUCAACUGCCUCUCGUUCAAGAUCUUCCGCGGAGAGAUUCUAGAAGGUGUUGUGCACAAGAUCCUCAAACACGGCGUUUUCCUGAGGUGUGGACCCAUCGAGCACAUCUACCUCUCCCACCAGAAGAUGUCUGAUUACCGUUACAUCCCCGGGGAGAACCCCAUCUUCAUGAGCGACAAGAUGUCGAAGAUCGAGAAGGAAACAGUGGUCCGGUUCAUUGUGAUCGGGGAGAAGUACGUGGAGGCCGAGAAGGAGUUCCAGGCUGUCGUGAGUUUGGAGGGAGAUUACCUCGGACCGGUUUCACCGGGCUCGGUUUGAAUCUUGUUUAUCAUAUGUAUGUUUGUGAUGAUGUUAGGUAUUGAAGUAUCCACUUGUGUUGUGUAGGGUAAGCUGUAUCUGACCUUUGUAAAAAAAAGUUAUGCAUAUUACCUUGUAGGGUUCAAGACUCACCUUUGGUUCUAUUUGUGGACACUUUGUGGAGCUUAAGUUUUGAGGAAAGUUAAUUUCAGGUGUUUUA